AAGCCCUUAAGGGGACAUCUGUGAGAACGAAGUUGGAUUACAUUGAACCUGAACCACAAAGGAAUGAGAAGUAUGACUUAAUUGACCGCAGAGAUGCAGAGUACAAGCAGAAAAUGAAGCAACAGAGAGAAGGGAGAAAGACCAGAGAGAAUAAUCUGCUACUAGGAGACUAUGUGCUUGUCAAGCAGCCAAGGAAGAACAAGUGGAGUACACCCUAUGAACCUGUGUUCUAUGUUGUGUGCAAUAUUCAUGGUUCCCAAAUAACCGCCAGACGUGUCACAGAUGGACGAACAGUCUGCCGAGAUGCCAGCCAAUUUAAGCUAGCAAAUGCAGUUAUCAACACCUCCGAUGAACCAGAGAAGAGUGAGGAAGCACAAACACCACAGGCAGUUCCAGACCUCGAGAUCCCAGAGAAGGUGAAUCCACCAAGUGUACCACCUGAUACAACAGCAAAUGCAGAGAAACCACCCAGUACAGAGAUAUUGGUAAUACCAGAACAUGAAACUGAACGGAAACAAGGAACAGAGCCUGACCAGCCAGUGAAUAAACCAGUAGUGACGAGACCCAGACGGGAAAGGCGCCAGCCCUCACAUUUGAAAGACUAUGUGCUAACUUAACAAAGACACUUAUUGACAGUUGAUUUUAGUUUCGUUAUAAGAUUGAACUUUCGCUUAGAGUUACAAGCUUUUCUUAGUUUGGGAGGGAUGUAAUAUCCGUUCCUCCGCACGCAGUGCGAACCUACAUUGUAUC